GGUAAUCAUUAAUUGCCCUCUGAAAUAAAGCGGAAUAAAUGGCAGGCGGAAGAGGUCACCAGGAGCCCCUCAGAUGCAGUUCUAGCCGGUCCGAGGAGGUUGGAGGGGAUUGUGGAUCUUUGGAAUGAAUACGGCUUCAGUUCGCUUUAAAGCGGAAGCUCGGCCCAAGCCCAGCUCUUCCUGAGAUCCCCCUAAACAGAGGGAUCCCCUCAGAAUCUCAGGCAGCCUUCCUAGCAUGAAACAAACCGUGGUUUGGAAUGUGCUGGAAUAUCUUUGCCGACUGCUGGGCAUCUCGACCGGAGCAGUGCUCCUUGGUGUGGGCAUCGACACGCUUCUGCAGGGGCAGUUCAAGAACCUGGCUCUUUAUCUCCUUAUUUCAGGGAUGGCUGUUUCUCUCUGGGAAGUGGCGUUCUUUGCCAGCCUCCUUUUGAUCUCCUGCUUCGUCCCCCGGAGGGGAUCCACGGUGGACGCUUGCUGGCUCCGAGCCAAACGCCGGGGAGCUUUCCAGAAGUUCCUGGCUUAUGCCCUGCUCUCCAUCGCCUGCUUCCUCAGCCCCGUCCACAUCUGGCAGGUCGUAUUCCCAGGCACCCUGCUGAUCCUCACCAGUCUAGCCUAUUUCCUGCUGAGUAAGCAACGGAAAGAAGAUACAGGAAAUGGAGCACCAGAAGAGAGGGGUGACCAUCGUGAUGAAGUUAUAGAUGAAAUGCCUGGAGACAGGAGUAGGCAAACAUCCUCUUUCCACCCUCCAUUCAGCUCCCUUGCCGGCUCUCUGAGGAGCUUCUUCCAAGCUUGCCAAAGGCCGAUCGCCUUCAUGUGUUCCUCAUCCAGCGUUGUGUCUAUGAGGAAGCCCGUUGACUUUGAGGAAGUCUUAGAGGAGAUGGCGCUGCCCCUCAGAGGAGAGCCGGAGGGCUUGGCCAAGGAAAGCACCUCUGAAACGGCCUUCAUCCUUUCUGCCCAGAUGUGAUGCCCCAGGAGAAACCCGAUGGAGCUGGGCUGGGGUGAUGGUGCAUGUGCCCACAGACAGGGCUCUGUGUGCCACCUCUGGCACGCGUGCCAUAGGUUCGCCACCAGGGAUAUAGGGUCUUCUGUUUCAGCAGUGGGUUUGACUAGAAGACCUCCAGGGUCCCUCCCAACUUUGUUAUUCUGUGUUUUCAGGUGUUACUAUUCUUAGAUUGGUCUCAUCACAAUAGGAAGGAUUCGCUUUCCAUUAAUUGGGGAACAUCCUCACAGCAAUGCCUGUUUUCUGUGGCAGCUGCCCAAUCCGCCCACGACAGAAAUGAAGCAGGAGAGAAAGGAAGGAGGCACGUGGGUCGAGUUCGCUGCAUGACCUCUGUACCUUCAGAUUGACUUUCCUCAGCUAGCCGGAGCUGUAUCUAUGGUUGUCCUUGAAGAUACGUCUGUAGCUGAUCUGAAGGGUGCCUGGCUUUCCAGAUGUUCCACGGGAUUCCACAUCUGGCCCUCCGUAGCUCAGCAGGAGGGAACCUGGAAGCCGUACUUCAGAACAUCUGAAAACCGACUCCCAGUUACGGAUUCUUUUACUUGGUGCCAAAGCAGCCCUUUCUUGGCUGGCUGGCGUUACAAACAGGCAGGCUGAUCUCUCUGUGUGUCUGAACGGGCCACACGGGUCAAGGGCAGGUAGGCCUUCAAUUCGACUGCAGCCAUAGUGCACUCACAACGGUAGGCUUGUUCCUGGUGUGAUGCAGAGGAUCAGGUUGUCAACAUGCAAAUGCUGCCAGAGAACAAAAGCUGAUCAAGGCAGGAUGUUCUGUUUCCACCGCCUGGAUAAUAGCAGUCUCAGAAAAGAGAAAUCGGAUCAGGCACCCGUUCUCCUGUUGCUGCUGCUGAGCAUCCAGUCCCAGAUGAAUAAUGGCCUGUCUCUUUUUUCAGGAGAGGAGAACUCUUCCGAGGCAGGGCAAUCAGUCCUCAAAGCAUUAAAAAUGCAAACCUUGCUGCUUU